CACUGCUUGGGAUUAAGGUGAGCCUGGGUGAGUGAGGAGAAGUUGAGAGCUACUUAAAUAGGAGCAGAUUUCAAGAUGGCUCACUCUUAGCCCUGACCACCAAGGAGCAACCUAACCAGUCAGCUGAUUAAGAUCAUGGGUAAAAUGGACAUGCUUCUGACAGCCACCAGAUUAAAGUCCUUGUUGUGUUCUUAUGAUGAGGCUAGUCGGAGAAUUCAACUACUAGAAAACACCUUAAAACGAGAAAAUCAGAAGAUGUUCAAUGCUACACUGAUGGGACAAAAUGAAUUCCGUCAUCAAUAUCUGCUCCGUCUGUCAAUAGUAGAGGGCUAUAAGAUUAUGUUCCUCCAGUAUCACAACAGAACCUGGAACAAGAUUCAGGAGUUAUCUAACCUGAUCCUCCAGAGCUCAGAAGAACCAGAGAUCACCAAUCUGUUACCAGAGUCCCCGACCAGAGGACCAGUUAACGACAAAAUGGCUCAACCGGAGAUUGAAAACUUUUGUCUGAUGCACAGAAGUGCUUGAUAAACCAUGUGAAAUAUGAGAGUUUGUUAAAAAAAAUGAUCCUAGCAUCUUAAGAACACCAUGCUCUCAAGAACUGUGCUAAUCUUUAUUGUGCUUUUCAGGAAACUUAAAUGAGACAAUGAAUUGUGGGAGUUUGUUAUUUAGUCUAGUCUCCUUCAUUGAUCUAGUCCUGUGUAAAUAUAGUUGCAUGUGAAUUGUGAUAAUUAAACACCUGUGCCAAAUAAAA